UUGCUGGUAUAAACAAAAAGCAGUGGCAACGCCAAGCAAGUAGUUUGUAUUGGUGCGCGUAAAAGGCAGCUUGUUGCAAGAUGCUUAACUUUAUUAAAGAGACAAUAAUGGCACCGUCCACACGCAGCAGCAGUAGCAAUGUCAACCAAAACUCAAAUGUCCAAGGAUUGGACAAAGAUCCAGAUAAACAACAACGCGCUACAGCUAAGAUGCAAGGUUACAAAAUAACUGAUAAUGAACGCACACGAAAAUAUGGCAUAGGUGCAAAUUCAUUGGAAAUGCUACUGCAGAAAGCACAUCUUAAGUUUCCGCUGCAGGAGUUGCACAUUUAUCUGGCCAUUGACGGCUUUGAAGUCUCUGAUGAUGAAUACUUCAAAAGUUUGCCUGCCCAAACGCUUUUUAUUGUAGCUGGACCUGAUGCAGUCAUCACAACAGAUGCAGACUUUGAAUUUGAAAAAAUGCGUCAACAGUCACCACUGUUGAAAGUAGCAGAUAUUUUCUAUGAGUUUAUUGAGCAGCAUCCGGACAAGUUUCGGCGCAUGAUUACGGAAUAUGAACAACAGAAGCAACGCCGGGCUUUAGACAAUACCAAAGCACAUCUUAGCUUGAAGGCCGAGCACCUUGAAUGGUUUGAGGGCAGCGAGGAACGCUUUCAAUCCAAGGAAGAGGCCAUGGCCAUGAGAGCACAGACAAGAGUGCGUGGCUACUACUAUAAGACCAAGGAGGAGCUAACACGCAAUCAGUUGUACAGACAGAAUGCCAAGGCGCGGCAGGUGAUCAAUUCGGUGCUAGACCAGUUCCGUUAUCUGCUCAUAGGCUGCGAUUACUUUUCCAUGAUAUUCAAUCGCAAGUGCCAGCUUAAGCAUGAGAUGUUGCAGCAGCAAGUGGGCGUAGAGCAACCGGAUGCGGGUAACGUGCCCAAUAAACGGCUACGGCAAAUAAUUAAAGACUAUACGUCGCGACAUGCCAUACUCGACGAAUGGUCCGUUUCGUUAUGCACGGACCUGGGCGACUUCUAUUGCCAGGGGGCCUACUCGGACAAUGGAAAUAACUGCUCGUUGAGGCACACCAUUAACCCGUAUGCCUCUCGUGAGAAUCUUAUAUUGUUUCAAGUGUGGAACCUUGAUCAUCAAAUUGAACUGUGUCGCUCCAUUUUGCCCGCCCUGGUGGCCAAUGUUAAAGAGCUAGUAUCACAACCUCAAAAAAAGUGCGCGCUGCACAACAAACGCAUAGUGGACAUCUCUGUACUAGAAUAUUUUCUGGAAAUAUUCUCGCUGAAGAACCUGAAAUUAGUCCAUAUUGUAUGCCAUGAAAAAGUGCAGCGCACAAAUCAUUCUAAUGGCCGACUCCUGUGCGGCGACUGCCACGAGUAUCGCAUUGUGCAAGAGCUCAUGGAUUUGCAGAAAUCAGACACAACCUCCUAGGAAAAAAACUGUUAAAGUAACCUACUAAAGCAAUAUUAUACACAAUAACUAUGUACUUAUAACUUAUAUACUUGUAUGCGAGCUGCUUUAAUUGUAUGCCAAGUUAAGAACUGUGUAUAUACAUAUGAUUUAAACAGGUCUCAAACAAGUUAACUUAAAGCCAAAUUGUACAAAUCUAAACAAAGUAUCUUAAAGUUAACUAUCAAAGUUUAGUGUUGAAAGUAUUUAUAAUGAUUGACAUAUUUAUGCAUUUAAUACAUGGUAAAAGUUGAUCUGCAUACCAUUUAUACAAUAUACAUAUAUAGACUAGCUUUAAAUGUUGUUAACUGUAGUGCGCGUAGAUGAGUUUUGAGCAGGUAUUUUGCCCGUUGCUUUGUUCAACAUGUCUAUUUUAAGAUACUGUAUACUCAAAUAUAUACUACAUACUUACACCCGUUACAUAAUAUACAAGAAUACGGGUAAUUGAUUCUACCUAAAUCUAAAAUCAAAAUGUAUAUGCCAUUAUUGUAGUGCAAUAUGAAUAUUACUAACAACGAUUUUGCUACGCUCGGCUUCUCUGUACCUCUAAAGAAACAAUUAAAAGAUUUUAAUGUA